UACCAGGAGGUACAAGGCUGUCUGGCUGAUCUUCUUCAUCCUCGGCCUGGGAACGCUGCUGCCAUGGAAUUUCUUCAUGACCGCCAGGGAGUAUUUCAUCAGUCGCCUUAAGGAUCCAGAGGAGACAAGCCACGUCAGGAACCAGACUGGCAAGGCCACCUUCACACCCUCCUACCUGCAGUCCGUGUUUGACAACUUCAUGACUCUCUGCGCCAUGGUGCCCCUCCUUAUCUUCACCUGCCUCAACUCCUUCAUCCACCAGCGGAUUCCCCAGCAGAUCCGCAUCUCAGGCAGCCUGGUGGCGAUUGGGCUGGUGUUUUUAGUCACCGCGAUCAUGGUGAAAGUCCCCAUGGACCCUCUUCCCUUCUUCAUCUUUACCAUGAUCAGCAUUGUCUUCAUCAACUCCUUCGGUGCCAUUCUCCAGAGCAGCCUGUUUGGGCUGGCAGGGCUCCUGCCUGUCAGCUACACAGCCCCCAUCAUGAGCGGGCAGGGCUUGGCAGGCACCUUCGCUGCUUUGGCAAUGAUCUUCAGUAUUGCCAUUGGUGCCCAGCAACCCGAGAGCUUCAUCGGUUACUUCACCACCGCCUGUGUGACGAUCGUGCUGGCAAUCGUCUCCUAUGUAGUUCUGCCUCACAUGGAUUUCUUCCGAUACUACUCCAUGAAGGACAAGACAGAGUACCACGUGUACAAUGCAGAGCUGGAAACCAAGAGAGACCUGAUUAAGAAAGACGAGAACGGGAUGGAGCAGAAUAACUCAAAGAUCAUCCCUGUCCACAACCCUGAUGAGCAGCCCUCUGUCAUUGCUAUUUUUAAGAAGCUCUGGGUCUUGGCUCUGUCUGUCUGCUUCGUCUUCACUGUCACCAUUGGCGUCUUCCCUGCCAUCACAGCUAAAGUGUCCACUGUCCUUGGAGAGGGAAAUAAAUGGGGUCUCUACUUCAUUCCUGUCUCCUGCUUCCUGCUCUUUAACGUCUUUGACUGGACAGGACGGAGUCUCACUGCCCUCUUCACAUGGCCCGGGAUGGACAGCUGCCUCCUGCCAGUGAUGGUGGUCCUCCGUGUCAUCUUUGUCCCUCUUUUCAUGCUGUGCAACGUGACACCCCGUUACUACCUGCCUGUUGUGUUCUCUCAUGAUGCCUGGUACAUCGUCUUCAUGAUCUUCUUCUCCAUCUCCAAUGGCUACCUGGCCAGCCUUUGCAUGUGCUUCGGGCCAAAGAAAGUGCUUGUGCACGAAGCAGAGACAGCUGGAGCUGUCAUGGCGUUUUUCCUGUCACUGGGCUUGGCUCUAGGAGCUGCUGUCUCCUUUCUGGUCCGAAUUCUCAUCUAGCAGAGGCACACAGAGGGUGCAGGACACCAAGAGAUGGCUCCGCAUCCUCCACUGAGGCCCUGGACUCCUCAGCACUGUGGGGAAAUAACAGCUUCCACCCAUUCCUGCCAAAUCACACUGCCACAGCAGACAUUACACCCAGGGACGGUUCCACUCCUGCAGGGUUGGCCUGGUUCCUGCCAUGCUCAGCUGUGUGAUGCCUUCAGGCCUAUGUGCCUUCUCCUUCCCUAUGCUGUGUGUGUUGUAAGACCCCCCCAGGAUCUCCAAGAUGUCCAGCUGCCUCCCAUGCUGCAUAACUUUUCUGGCUCAAGGCCAAAAGCCAUUUUCAGCCUUUUUCUCUCUGAGAGAGUGAAAGGCUCAUAACUAGUGUUACUCUUUCUCUUGCCCUUGUCUCCAAAGCAUCUAGGAGAUUCUCUCCUCUCCUCCUAGGAGGCCUGGAAAUACCCCACAUCCCUCCUCCUGCUGGUAGACAUGUGGAGGGGGAGGAGAGCACCAGCUGGCCUCACCAUCCCUGCUCUCUGCUAUACGCACAUCCUCCUGCCCAGUGGUUUCCCAAAAGUGUAGACAUCUGUGUCCCAGCCACAGGAAGAGCCAACACUGUGGUAGCCUGAGGGAGGAGGAGGUCUCCACACCCCACCUUCUCCCCCUCUCCUUGCUUCUCUUUUUUUUUUUUUU